GUUAGUUCCCAUGCGGACUGUUUUGAUUGAUGCACCAUUACGGAGGUCGCCCACCACUACAGAAAAGGUAACGCAAGUCCCCUCUUUGGGCAUUUUAUGGACAAGUUAGGAGUUUCUUAGCGAUACACAAUGAAACUUAAAGAGUUAGAAAGUUGCCUUCAGCAAGUGGAUACAUUUAAAGAGCCCAAAAUCCUUCUAGAACAAUACCCAACUAGCGCGCAUAUUGCUGCAUGCAUGCUGUACACGAUACACAACACAUUUGAUGACAUCCAAGGUAAACUCGUAGCAGAUCUGGGCUGUGGCUGCGGAGUUCUCAGCAUAGGAGCGGCGAUGCUUGAAGCAGGACUCUGCGUUGGCUUCGACGUUGACGACGACGCGCUGGACACGUUCAGAAGAAACGCGGAGGAAUUUGAGGUUUCUAAUGUUGAUCUGGUCCAGUGUGACCUGUGUGCGGUGAGGGCAGAGGACUACAACAACACGUUUGACACUGUCAUCAUGAACCCACCUUUUGGAACUAAGCACAACCAGGGUAUGGACAUGAAGUUCUUAAAAGCGGCUGUAACAAUGGCAAAGACAGCUGUGUAUUCACUACAUAAAACAUCCACACGUCAGCACAUACAAAAGAAGGCAAAUGACUGGGGAAUGAAGAUGGAAGUGAUUGCAGAACUGAGAUACGACCUGCCAGCAUCUUAUAAAUUCCACAAAAAGAAAUCGGUUGACAUCCAGGUGGACUUCCUACGGUUCUCCAAAGCCUGAAGUGUCUUAUCGGGACUUUUGUUUGCCUUUGUAUAGAAUAAAUGUUUGUUCAAAAGAAAUAUUGACUG